AUGGGUGAGUUUGACGGUGAAAGAAUCCUGGUCGAUACUGGAAGCACCAUUAAUGUAUUAUUCUGCCGAACGCUAGAAAAAAUGGGUGUUAUACUAGAACAGGUGAAACCCGAGACUCGGACAUUGACCGGCUAUGAUGGGAUCGCUAAAAUGUUGAUGGGCGAUGUGAAACUACAAGUGCUAGCUGGCGAAGUGACCCGGAAGACUAAGUUCGUCAUCAUCGACGCGCCCCCAAUUUACAACGCCAUUCUAGGGGCACCAAAGAUAUACGCAAUGCAAGCGGUACCGUCGACCUACCAUAAUGUGAUCACGGGAUCGGUCCCUCGGCCAUGA